UAUUGAUAGUGACAUCGAAUGUUUUUGCAUCCCUAGUACACAUAAAAACGAAACGAAAACGAAACGAGAAAAACACACACGGCAGAGGGGAAAACGGUCAUUUAAAUUGAGAGUGUGUAAUCAAGGCAGAUUGGUUGGCGGUCCCGUUGUUACCCGUUGUCUCCGUCGUCGUUGUUCGUUGUCGUCACACCUUUAGAUUUUUGUGCGAGUGCAGAGCGCCAGCACAAUAAACACACAGAGAGGGAGAGAGAGAGAGUGCGAGAGAGAGGCGGAGAGGCAAAUAGUAGGCGCUAGCAUUACAAUUGGAAUUGGAGUUUGGGCAUCGAAAUUAAUAUUAAAAAAAAAAGGAACAGCAGCAUUAAGCAGAAGCAGCAACAGCAACAGCAGCAGCAGCAACAAUAACAAACCAAUCAAGAACUACGCACCGCAGCGUACCCCCUGCGUUAUCCCCCCCUCCUUCUCCUUCUCCUUAGCCGCAGCCGAACCCGGCCACCACCCCCCCUCCGCACACACACACACUGGCCCCCCCCUCCUUCUCCUCCUUUGGCAGCAGAGAACAAACACACACAAACACACACGCACACACAGAAAGACCUCAGCACUCAGCACAGUUAUCAUCCGAGCGACAAACCGACCGCAUUUAUCAUCCGCACAUCACACACACACGGCUGGCUAUUGUUGUCUGCUCCCUAUCGUUACGAUUGCACGCGAAGAAGGAGCAGACAAAGAGAGGAGCAAAAGCAACAAGGCAAGGGGCAGCCAGGAGCAAGAGCACACAAAGGAAGUGCAGCAGCAGCAGUAGUAGCAGCAGCAGCAUUAACACAGAGAAAGCUCCUCUCAACAGAAAGAUCCUAGCAAGCAGCCCAGCAGAUCCCCCCACUGUGAGAGCCAGCUCCGCCAGCAGCUCCUAUGGGUCAGAAGGCGAGCACACCGGCGACCAGUGGCCAGCAGAGCCCACGCUCCAGGACCUUCUCUAGCAGCUCAACGGGAGCAGCGGAUCAAGCACCCAAUGCCGUUGGCCAGAAUCGCAGCAGCAACGCUGUUCAUGCCUCGGCAACCGGCGGAGAUGCCGGGCAAGGAUUCAAUCUGCUGCGCACAUUGCCCGGCCUGCAGGUGUAUCACAACAAUAGCAACAGUAGCCAAAACUCCACGUCCAUAGAUAGGCAACGGGCGCGCAGCCUUAGCUCCGUGCCAGAUAUCCAACAGCAGCAGCAGGCGGCGCAACAGCAGCAACAGGGCUCGCUUACCUCCUCCGGCAGCAGUCCGCAUGCCGUGCACAGCCAUGGGGGGCAUCAUCCGCAUGCCGCUGUCUCGGUGACCGUGUCGGCGAAUGCCAACAACGGUGGCAGCACCGUUGGCGGCAGCUUCCCAGCGUCAGCGACGGCAGGGAACAACAAUGGCAGCGCCACACAGACCUACAUGCAGCAGCGACGCACUUUGGGGGACUCCAUACGGGACAUAACAAUGACUGGCGGCAAUAUCGCUGAAAGCAUCGCUUUGGCCGCCUCCGCCACCUCCGCCAAUGGGAUCGGUCGUGUUUACACCGCCACCUCGCUUCCAUCGCACAUUUGGUCCUUCAAUGGCAUCAAGUGCCCCGUGUGCAAUAAGUUUGUGUUGCCGGACGACAUUGAAUGCCAUUUAGUCAUGUGCCUAACGAAACCACGACUCUCAUAUAACGAGGAUGUACUGUCGGACGCCAAGGGCGAGUGCGUCAUCUGCCUGGAUGACCUGAGUCCGGGGGACACUAUUGCUCGGCUGCCAUGUCUCUGCAUAUAUCACAAGGGAUGCAUCGACCGUUGGUUUGAGGUGAAUCGCUCCUGUCCUGAGCAUCCUGGAGAUUAGUAAUCCUCGCCAGAGCUCGCCGCCGCCGCCGCCGCGUUUGUUUGUGUUGUGCGUUAUGCAAGAGCGAGGAGUGAAAAUUGAAAUAAAAAAUGGAGCUGGCCGUUGGGUGUGGGAGAACGGAACGAAACGAAACGGUAGGGGGCGGGGGCUAUACCGGACCCAGAACAAAAAAUGUUUAGCAAGCAAUAACUUGUAAUUUCAGCUAAGAAACACCCGCCGCCGUCGCAUCCGCCUUCGCAGACGCAGCUGGUUUAGAAGAACACAGCAGAAACGAGUUGAAUUCGAGGAUAGAGAGUAAAGAGUAUGAAAGAUGGCGAGGCUAAAGGCCUAGAGAAAGAGUAUAAGAUCGAAAAAUCAUCGAUUAUAUUUCGACCCUACCGAUCGUAUCCACAACACAACACAACAAAUUCAAGUAAAACCAAAUUCAUUUACAAUGCCAAACGGGCAGCAACACAACAAAACAAAAAACAAAUAAAAUACAAUUAAUAAAUUAAAACAAAAAAAAAAAAAAA